AUGGCAGAUGAAGCAGUGGACGUGAGCAAGCUUGAAGCGGAGGCCGUGAGUUUAGCUGGCGAUUCUGGUGCGAUGGAUGCGGACAACAAGACCGUUGUGGCUCCUGCAGAGUCUGCUGAGGCUGUUGAUGCGGAGAUUGAGGACAUGAAGCGUCGCGUGAAGGAGAUGGAGGAAGAAGCAGCUAAACUAAGCGAGAUGCAGUCGGAAGUAGAGUCUCAAAUGGGAAAGAAUACUGCUUCGAGCCUAAACGAGAUGAGUGGCAGUGCUUCAGGUGCCGCAGCAAAUGCCCAGUCACAGUUAGACGAUACGUCCGUAUACAUUGGUCAGGUGGAUUACGGCAGCACGCCUGAAGAGCUCCAGGCACUCUUUCAAUCUUGCGGCACUAUAAACCGCUGGAGAGUGCGCUCCUACUAA